GGCAAUUUUUGUAAUAGUGUGAAUGCCGAUUUACACCUGGUUCCAAUGGUCGGUGUCGUCCAAGCCAAGACAGAUAUGUUGGAUAUUGUGUACAAUUCCGAUGUAUUGGUGGUUGACAUGAGCAUAAAAACUCAACAGUUCCUUCUAAAUUAUCAUAUUGGCGUUCGGGAACACCUUAAACGUUAUGAUAACAUAGUGCUCGUUCUGUUUUCCCGUGGAAAAGUUACAGAGGAGUUAAAUAGGACGAAACUCUUUCCCUAUGUGAUCACUGAUGCAGGCGUAGCGGUGUCUCUAGAUGAUCGUUAUAUACAAGCUUCCUUUGAAGAAUACGAUAAUCUCAGGAAUCAGGUUUGCUCAAGACUUCCAGCUUUAUCAGAAAAUCUUGAAAGAACUUUCUCGGAAUUGGAAACUCGUAACAGAGCCACCCUCAAGGAGCGAUUCAUCGCGGAUAUCCGACGCGUACGUGAACAAUACAAAGGGGCGGAACUAAGGGAGCGGCUUCGGACAAUGCGGCGUCGAUUGGACGAUCCCGAGAUGCUAUCAACGGAGAUUCUACUCAAUAUGCUACUUUCCUAUCGUGAUUCUGAGUUUAAUAAUCGCCAACAGGUAGUUUGCCUCGUUUUGUACGCUAUGGGUCUUGUUGCACCUAAUUCAGAGGCACGAAAGACCACUUGUGAUUUUACCUAA